CAGUCUCUGCCCGGAAGUAAACAAACUGAUCGUAAUGUCGUACCAGGAAGGGGGAGUUGCCGAUGCUGAAGAGAGCAAUGAAGAGGAAAAGCCAGAGAUGGUGGAAACGCCGGACUCUAGUCUGAGCUUGGAGGAAAUAAGCAAGAAAGAUGUGGAAGAUGCAGAAGAUACAACCAGUAUUGAAAUGCUCUCUGGGGCAGGCAGUGACGACUCGCCAUUUGAGUCGCCGUGUCGGCCGAAACCCGGCCAAACAUCGCAACCGGAGGAUGUGAAAUUGUCAGGCUGGCUUAAAUUGGCAGGGCUGGGCUUUCGAAAAGCUGUAAAGCAAGUGUGGUUUGUUUAUGGUGACGACACUGGAAAGCUCUACUACUACCGACAGCCGCAAGAUUUACUGCCUCUGGGAGAAAUUGAUUUGAGAACCAGUUCUCUCACAUACGACACGAGUAACAGAGACAAACCAGGUCUCUUUCAAAUCAGAUCGUCAGGGAAAGUGUUCAGCGUUGAUGCUUCUGAUCGAGGUCAUAUGCUCUACUGGCUGGACGCGCUGCAGAAAAAGCGGAGAGCAUUUAGUAAUCGGCAGUCGCUUUUCGCUCAAGACGUCUUCAUGGGAAAGAAAAAACCUGUAGACGCCAGUGGCCUGAUUGGCAGAGGGUCUUCUGAUGCAGAUCAGCGCAAGGGCCGGACGGGGGAGCAGGAGGAAGCAGCGGGCAGUGAAGAUAAGCUGACCCCCAAGGAGGAGGAAAAACAGACCUAUUGGUCGCUGUUGAAUCUACGCACAGAGAUUAGAAAUGCAGUGGCAAACAUACGAUCACAAACUUCUGGAGUAGGAGCCCACAAGCCUCAGUCAAACCGUGCCAGUGAUGACUGGAGCAUUGUGGAUGAGGUUACCCCUCCCACAUCGUUACUUUUGAACACACCACCCAAGCCCUCAGGCUCUUCCGGGACACAGUGGCAUGUGAAUUUUGAAGAUACUGAUGCUAGCGGUGCCAGUGCUGCUGCUGAUUCUGGAGAGAAUAAACAAGAACAAUCAAAACGGCCUAGUUUUAAUGGCAACCAAUCAAACCCAGUAGACUUCUCCUCAAAAACUGACAUUUCAGAGGCACAAGUGUCUGGCUCACAAUCAAAGAACAAUAACUCUUCUCGGAGCAAUUCUAUCUCCGGGGCAAAUGCAGUUUCGCCCACUUCUCCAAACUCUGGGAACAACGGAAAAUCAAAAUUCAUGUCGGCUCUGCGAAGCAACUUUAAAAAACUGAAUGCGACUAUCAAACCCACAGGAGCACAGAGCCCCAAUGCAGUCAGUGAUUCUCCGUCACAAACCUGCAUUAGAUGUAAACUGCUGGGCGAUGACCUGUUUAACGUGAAGGAGGACCUGAAGGCUGCGGAGGAAGAGCUCCAGGCCAACAGAGAGAUCGUGAGACUUCUGCAGAAAGAGCUGGAUGUCAUGAGAGCAGAGAUCAACACCAGGAAGGAAUGUGAAGGGAAAAGUGAGGAGAGUGUGAUGGAGACAUUGCGACAGAAAGACAAACACAUCAUUGAGCUGGAGCACAGUCGGGCCAUGGUGCUGGAGGAAAAAAGUCUUAUGGCACAGGACCUCAGAUUGUUGCAGAGUGAGAUGAAAGAAGUGAAGGAUCAGAUCUUCAUGUUCCAGCAAACUGUCGCAGUGAAGGAUGAAAUGAUUGUCAGUCUGACCAAUCAGAAUCAAGAGCUGAAGAACAACAACAGCCAAGGGCUGUCAGAGACAGGAGAUGGUAAUCAAGCCAUUAAUUUUCUCACUGACCCGGUGUCUCUGGCUGCAGAGAGAAAUGAGAUGGAAAGAAUGAAGGACACCUGCAAUGCCUACGAGAAGCAGAAUGUGUUCCUCACCACAGAGAUCUCAGAGCUGAUUGCCUUGAGACAGGAUGAUGAGACAAGGAUGAAGUUAUUAAAGAUGAAUGUGGCACAGUUGGAGGCUCAGUAUUACCAGACCAGGAGCAAAUACUUGUAUCUUUUGAAUGACAAGCAGAUUCCAGUCAGAGGUGGCGAUGAGAAUAAGUCUCAGGAAGUGGUCACUCAGCUGUUGCAGGAGGCUUUGGAAACAGAAACAGAAGACAGCAACAGGCAAACCUUCAUCUCUUCCCAAGGGAAGGAGUAUGACCGCUUCGGCUUCCUCAAGUUUGGCCAUGAUGAGGAUGAUGUCCUGCUGUCGAGAGCCAACAUUCUCCAGCGCCAGUCCGUUGAGAUAGGGUACAUGAUCCGGGAUGUGGAUGAAGAGACGACCACUAGGACCAAGUGGGAGAAGUACAUGCUUGGCUUUAGUGCGUCCAAGCAGCUGGUCAGAUCUACCGAGCUCAAGACACUUAUCCGGCUGGGCGUCCCUCACGACUGUAGAGAGAGGAUAUGGAAAGGGUGUAUAAGUCUUUGUGUGAACCAGUCACGGAUAAAGCUAGGGGACAAGUAUUUCAAGGAGCUGGAGGAGCGAGCUAUGAACAGCAGGUCAAGUCCAGCAAUGAAACAGAUUGAGUUGGACUUGUUAAGGACAUUGCCUGACAACAGGUUCUUUGAAAAAAUGGAGUCUCCGGGCAUUCCAAAGCUGCGUAAAGUUUUGCUGUGUUACAGUGUGCACAACCCGUUAAUUGGCUAUUGCCAGGGCUUGAAUCGUAUUGCUGCUAUUGCACUUCUCUUCCUGACGGAGGAGGAUGCCUUCUGGUGUCUGGUCUCCAUCAUUGAGCAUCUGAUGCCGGCGGACUACUACACAAACACACUGGCCGCUGCCCAGGCAGAUCAGCGGGUGCUAAAGGACCUUGUGCAAGACAAAUGUCCCAAAUUGCAUGCUCAUCUGGAGACCCACGAUGUUGACCUCUCACUCUUCACCUUCAACUGGUUCUUAACGAUUUUCGUGGAUGGAAUUCUGCCGGAGCUCUUCGUCAAAGUAUGGGAUGUUUUCCUGUAUGAAGGAAGUAAGGUGCUCUUCCGUUUUGCCCUAGCCUUCCUCAAGUACGUGGAAGAUGACAUUCUGGAACAGUCCAGCACUCUUGCCAUCAAUCGGUACAUGCGUACCCUGGGGGAAAACAUUACUGACGUGAGGAAGAUAGCCACUAUUGCUUUUUCCGAGCUGAAUCCAUUCCCCAUGAGGUCAAUCAGCUCCAAGAGACACCAUCACUUACAGCAUGUCAAGUUUGAACUUGAAGAAUUGGAGGCAAUACGUAAAGAUUUCAAGUCUGCACAUGAGAGUGAAGAGUUUGAUCAUCAAGAGGAGGAGAGGGAAGGCUAUAUCAGCGAUGAUGACCUGGAUGACCCGAGGGACUGAUUGGAGGGAAGAUUUUUCUGUCGACUGAUUUUGUACUUACUGUUCCAGGAAGGCAAAA